CUCAGCUGGUAACUAUGAAAGACGCUAUGAGGAUCCUCCUGUCAACAGGACCAUCCGUUUGACCGUUUCCUUACGAUGCAGAUACAUCACCCUGGGAAUCACUGAAGCCAUUUAAUACGAGACACAUUGCUGAGAUUCCUGUUGCAGAAAUGGACUUGGAUAAACCGUCCGUUUGGGGAUCUCUGAAACAGAAAACUAGGCCUUUCCUACAAAACUUGAGCGUGAAAAAGACAAGGAGAAGGUCUAGCAAAAUGGUGGAGAGGAAGAAAAGGCAUUCCUUGGACCGGCGCCUCAGCGUGUCUGUGCCUGACAUGCUGGAGGUCGAGUCUCUUGUGGAGGAAGAGGUGACAUACUCGAGUGCUCAGGUGCUGUCUGCGUACUCCCCCGGUGACCUUCCUGGCUCCGUUGUGUCUCUGAAGGGCAGAAGCUCUUCCCUGAGGCCGGUGGGAGAGGACUGGCAGUGGAAGCAGCAGGAGUCGGCGCGUGCGGAGGUUAGCGCGGCUGAAUCGGAAACGCAAGCCGUGCGCGGCUCCAGCUCCGAGGCCACGCGGAGGUCCAGCAGUGACCUCUUCGAGCUGCUGCGGGGAGCCCGUCUGAGCAGCGACCUGACCGAAGAGGUGGCUGAGUACCCGUGUGGAGGAACGGAUCUAGACUCUUCCAUGUCAUCUCAAAUUUUUGAUGAUCAGAUGGCCCUUGAGGAAGGAAAUGACUGUUUGAGUAACCUGCCCAGCCCCUUUGCUUACCUACUGACGAUCCACCUGAAAGAAGGCCGGAACCUGGUUAUCAGAGACCGCUGUGGUACAAGUGACCCAUAUGUGAAGUUUAAACUGAAUGGGAAAACUCUAUACAAAAGUAAGGUAGUCUACAAGAACCUAAACCCAGUCUGGGAUGAGACUGUUGUGCUGCCAAUUCAGAACCUCAGUCAAAAACUCUGGGUCAAGGUAUAUGAUCGAGAUUUAACCUCCUCUGACUUCAUGGGGUCAGCAUUUAUAGCGCUCGCCGAACUUGAACUCAAUAGAACCACUGAACAGAUCUUAAAACUGGAAGAUCCAAACAGUUUGGAAGAUGACAUGGGAGUGAUUGUAUUAAACUUGAGUCUAGCAGUCAAGCAAGGCAACUUCAAGAGAAAUAGAUGGUCAAAUCGGAAGAAGCGAACUUCAUCCAAGUCAAGUUUCAUGCGCAGUGUGCGACUCUCUGAAUCUUUAUGCAAGAACCAGUUGUGGAACGGACUUGUUACCAUCACGCUACUGGAAGGGAAGAACAUUGCAGGAGGGGGCCUGGCGGAGAUUUUUAUUUUACUAAAAUUGGGAGAUCAAAGAUACAAAAGUAAGACACUGUGUAAGAGUGCAAAUCCUCAGUGGAGGGAACAGUUUGAUUUUCACUACUUCUCUGACAGGAAGGAUAUGUUGGACAUUGAGGUCUGGAGAAAGGAUAACAAAAAGCACAAGGAGCUCUUGGGGACGUGCAAAGUUGACAUUACUGCCCUGCCAGCGAAGCAGACCAAUCGUUUAGAGCUGCCACUGGAAAAACAUCCGGGGUCCCUGCUAAUGUUGAUUGCUGUCGCCCCAUGUACAGGCGUUUCUAUCUCGGAUCUGUGUGUCUGCCCCUUAGGAGACCCCACUGAAAGGAAACAGAUUUCACAGCGCUAUUGUAUAAGGAAUUCCUUUCAGGACAUAAAGGACAUUGGCUUCUUGCAGGUCAAGGUUUUAAAGGCAGCUGACCUGUUGGCAGCAGACUUUGCAGGUAAAAGCGAUCCUUUCUGUGUAUUAGAGCUGGGAAAUGACAGUCUUCAAACACACACUGUUUACAAGAACCUCAACCCCGAGUGGAACAAAGUUUUCACAUUCCCUAUUAAAGAUAUUCAUGACGUUCUCGAAGUGACAGUAUUUGAUGAAGAUGGAGAUAAACCUCCUGACUUUCUUGGAAAAGUUGCCAUCCCUUUGCUCUCUAUUAGAAAUGGUAAACAAAGUUGUUACACACUAAAGAAUAAAGACUUGGAAUGUGCUUCAAAAGGAGUAAUUUACUUGGAGCUGGAUGUCCUAUUUAAUCCUGUAAAAGCAAGCAUUAGAACAUUCAAGCCACGAGAGAAGCGCUUCACGGAAGAGAACCGCAAAUUUUCUAAAAAGAUCUUAUCAAGAAAUGUUGAUCGUGUGAAAAAAAUCACCAUGGCAAUAUGGAAUACAAUACAGUUCCUUCGGAGCUGCUUUCUCUGGGAGUCCACGGUAAAGAGUGUGAUAGCGUUUGUGGUGUUUGUGGUCACCGUAUGGAGCGUGGAACUUUACAUGGUGCCCCUGGCUUUGCUGGUGCUCUUUGCUUACAACUUCUCUCUUGUCACAAACGGGAAGGUCAGCAGCACCCAAGAUGCCCAGGAGCUUAUGGGCUUGGAUGAAGAUGAUGAUGAAGAUGACAAGGAAUCUGAGAAAAAAGGUUUAAUUGAAAGAAUCCACAUGGUCCAAGAGAUCAUCAUAGCUGUUCAAAGCAUCCUAGAAGAAAUAGCAUCGUUUGGAGAGAGGAUUAAAAACACAUUCAACUGGACGGUGCCUUUCCUCUCUGUCCUGGCCUGCUUAGUCCUGGCAGCAGCAACGGUUAUUUUGUAUUAUAUACCACUGAGGUACAUUGUUUUAAUCUGGGGCAUAAAUAAAUUUACUAAGAAGUUUAGAAAUCCCUAUGCCAUCGAUAAUAAUGAGCUGCUAGAUUUCCUCUCCAGGGUACCAUCCGAUGUUCAAAAGGUGCAGCAUGCUGAAUUGAAACCAUACAGCAGCUCCAGUCCCAUUAGGAAGAAACGGAGCGCGCUAUAGGAUGCCGAGGGAUUUUGGAAUGCACCAUCUCCCUCUGUAGCGCGCCCCCACGCUCUCCCCCCUUCCCUUCUUUUUUGGUUCGGAACAACACUAUCAUCUCUGCCGCAGACUUUUUUUUUUUUCUGGAAGGCAUGGUUUUUGAUAAACACCUAUCCCUGAGUCGUCUGUCUUUUUGGCACAGAGACCUACCCCGAAAAGAGCAGGG